UAAGCUCCCAGGUGCCCAGUGCGCACCCAGCCACAGAGAAGUGGGUGACUUAGGAGUAUCCUCUCCACUUCUGACCCCUAGUUUCGUCCGCGCACAACUUGCUCAAAAUGGGCAACUCACUAAGCAUAUUUUGUUCCUGGUUCCGCCGCAGGUCCCGGCGAGGCCAUCGGCAACGUGCUCGUCUCAGCGUAUUUUGUUCCUGGUUCCACCACAGGUCCCCGCCAUGCCAUUGGCAACCUGCUCGUGUUAUCCGUGAGGCCUUCCCAGCUGGCAGGGCUCACCCUGCGGCUCCUGCACCUAUGCCUGCCUCGAGAACCCUGGGCUGUUCCCGAUUCCUCUUCUACCCUCAGCGACAUCCUGGGCCUUCUUUUCCAGCCAGGUGGGACGGCGCCCCUACGAGGCUGUGUCUUCUCCCUCGGAACAGGGGCACCCCACCGAGGGUCCCGCCUCCUGUGGUCUGGAGCCCCCCCUCAAGGAAGAAACCCGUGCUGUCUGCUCGCAACUCCAUGAUGUUCGGACACCCCAGCACCGUGAGGAUCCCUCGCCUCAGACGCACGUUUAACCUCCGACUGCCUUCAUUAGAUGAGCAGGUGAUCCCAGCCAGGCUCCCGAAGACGGAGGUGAGGGCAGAAGAGCCCAAAGAAGCAACGGAGGUGAAAGACCAGGUAGAGACGCAGGGGCAGGAGGACAAUAAAAGGGGCCCUUGUAGCAAUGGGGAAGCAGCCUCCACCUCUAGGCCCCUGGAGACUCAGGGAAACCUCACUUCCUCCUGGUGCAGUCCCAGGCCCUCGGACGGAAAUGCCCACCUCAAGAGCUUGACAGAAAAGAACCAGAGUGACAAGGCCCAGGUGCAUGCAGUGAGUUUCUACUCCAAGGACCAUGGAGUUUCCAGCUCACACAGCCCUGCUGGAGGCAUCCUUCCCUUUGGGAAGCCUGACCCAGCUCCAACAGUGCUCCCUGCCCCAGUUCCGGGCUGCUCCCUGUGGCCAGAGAAGGCAGCCUUGAAGGUGCUGGGUAAAGACCACCUGCCCAGCUCUCCAGGCUUGCUGAUCGCGGGGAAGGACAUGCAGCUCAAAGAUCCUGCAGCCCUUCUUGGAUCAAGUAGCUCUUCUCCACCCAGAGCUGCCGGCCACGGGUCCCGCAAAAGAAAGCUGUCAGGGCCACCACUGCAGCUGCAUCCCACCCCUCCCCUGCAACUGAGGUGGGAUAGAAACGAGCGGGCCCCACCCGCUAAGCUUCCCUGCCUAUCUCCUGAGGCACUGUUAGAGCUGGGUCAGGCUUCCCAAAGGGAAGGACACCUCCAGCUGGGCAACAUGGAUAAGAACAUGGGGGUGUUAAGUAGAACAUCAAAAUCCAGGAGACGAAAACAGCCGCUUGGGAGGAGAAAGAAGAUACGGCAGCGCAGGCGCGGUGGCUCACGCCUGUAAUCCAGCACUCUGGGAGGCCGAGGCGGUGGAUCAGGAGGUCAAGAGAUCAAGACCUGAAGAGCAUCUCUGCCUGGUCCCCGCACCAUCUGGGCAGUGAGGAGCAUCUCUGCCUGGGCCCCGCCCCGUCUGGGCAGUGACGAGCGCCUCUGCCUGGCCCCCCGCCCGGUGUGGGCAGUGAGGAGCGCUCUGCCCCGCUGCCUCACAGUCUGGAAAGAGAAGAGCACCUCUUUCUGGCCGCCGUCCCAUCUUGGCAGUAAGAAGCGCCUCUGCUCGGCCCCCUCACCGUCUCUGUCCGGCCCCCUCACCGUCUGGGAAAUGAGGAGCGCCUCUGCCAGGCCACCACCGCGUCUGCGAAGUGAGGAGCCCUUCUGCCUGGCCUCCGCCCUGUCUAGGCAAUGAGGAGCACCUCUGCCCGGGCCCCUCACCAUUUGUUAAGGGAGGAGCGCCUCUGCCCAGCCCCUGCACCCUCUGGGAAGUGAGGAGCGCUUCUGCCCGGCCACCGCCCUGUCUGGGAAGUGAGGAGCACCUCUGCUCGGCCCCCUCACCAUCUGGGAAGCGAGGAGCGUCUCUGCCGGGCUGCUGUGCAGCCCUCCAGGUGUGAAGUGACAGUCUUGUGUGUGAUUUUUCUGCCCUUCCCAACUUUGUAUUUUUGACAUUAAAGCUUUUAAUUAAAAAAAAAGAGAUCGAGACCAUUCUGGCCACCAUGGUGAAACUCCAUCUCUACCGAAAAUACAAAAAUUAGCCGGGCAUGGUGGCU